CCCUUUUCCACGUUCUUGUGUACUCCAUUUUCCACCUACUCAGCUCAAAUUUCUUCCACUCUGCUCAUCGAUCCACCAAUAGUCAAAUUUCAAACCCUAAAUCCAGAAAUCCCUCCAAUUUUUUUAAUCCAAUUAUCACUAAUCAACUCAAUAUUCAAAUCAAAUCGUUAAAUUUUUCGACUGUAAAAUUGAGCUCGCAAUGGGCUCGUCGGGUUUGGUCAGUCCAAAGAAUUUCUAGAGUUAAUUAAAUCAAUCGGCGAAUCUCGGUCCAAAGCCGAAAAAGAUCGCUUACUAUCUAAAGAAAUUAAUAACUUGAAGCGUCAUAUAUAUGAGUCUGAUAUUCCUAGAAAAAUGUAAGAAUACAAUAUUUGCCAUGUAUGUAUGCAUAGGUACUUUAAGUGACAAUUUGAAGUAAUUCACGGCUUAAUCACUACAAUUAGUCCAUUUUUACAAAUAAAUAUUUUACUUUAUUAAAGUCAAGAAGCUUAAUUUAAUUAAUUGGAUAAUUAAUUCAUCUCAAUCCCGUUCAAAAAUGAUUAGAUUUUAAAAGAGUGGUUUGAUUUCAGCCGAUCCGGCCCUGUUAUCCAAUCUCUUAAAUCAACUCCUAUAUUCUCUCUCUUUUUCGGUUCAUACCCGACACCCAGCUCCAUAAACCCGACCCGACCCGAUUAGCUGUUAAAUCACAAAACCCCCUUUUUUUCCCGCUCAUUUCCUUCAUACACUCAAACCUAGCAGCUCCCAAAAAGAUUACAUCUGAAAGGGCGUCAUUUCCAAUCCCGCCAUUGCUGAAAAUGGAGAAAACAAGUCAAACAAGGCAGACGAAUUUGAAGACCGCCUUUGAGCUUGGAAUACGCAGCUUGUUAACCUCUUGUUCUAAAGAGGUAUUUUGUAAGGCUUUCCCAAAAUUUUCUCCAGCAGAACAUGAAUGCCUUCAUCGGCUAUUCAUUCAGGUGAUUACUUCUUUGCACGAGGAUAUAGAGGAUGAAUUUGAGUCGUUAUGCAUGGAGACGCAGGCAGGUCCAACUCUCAACAUGGUGGAGCAGCUUGUGGAAGAACAAAGCUUGGACCCCUUGUUUCCAGAGAAGAGCAAUGUUGAAGAAGUCAGGCACUACCUAGCAGAAGCAAAAAAGAAUGAGAUCAGCUACUUGAUGGAUAUGUUGGAGACGGCGGAAGAACAGAAACGUGCCAUCACUUCACGUCUUGAAGUCCUGAAGAAAGAACAACAAGAUUUCUCUGGUGCUGCUGCUGUAGACAUGGUUAAUAAGAUACGAACGGGGAAUCAGAAGUACAGUGGAUCAUGUUGCUGAAUAAUUCACCUGUUCACCCCGUUUACUGGGGAGCAGAAUUUUUUGGCUGACAAACUAGUAAAAAUAGGAAUGGAAUCAGCCGGCAUGGAUGCAACUUCACUACAACUUAUUGCACAGCCUUCAACUCUUGUAGUGGACAACCUUGAAGCUGAUAAGCAGGAACAUGUUUCCAGCGAAAGCUUAAAAGUAAUGGUGCCCCAUCGUUUUGUAAUAGUCAGCGUACAACUACUUUUGUUUCUCAUGUAAAUAUAGCUACUGCUACUAUUACAUCUGCUCCUGCUACUAUCGUACCAAUGUGCAUGCACUCUGCUGGGUUGAACUCCCAGCUAUGUAAUAGCUAAUCUGUGUAAUAUGAAGUAUCUUUUCUGCCAAAGAAAGAAAAAAAAAAAAAAAAAGGGCCUCGGCUAUUGCGUCCUGUUUGCCUUACUCCCGCGUCUCCGCGGGAACGUGGAUUAAUAUACUAUCAGGCAUAUCAUUUCAGGGUGCCUGUGAAUUCUGAAGGAGACUACGAGCAUUUGCUUUUCAAUUUCAAGCAAGUAAACGAGGAUGGUUUCUUUCUUGGAUAUUUCUUGUUCAAAAGUUUCAUGUCAGUUAAUAUGAUAAAUUGUGUUUUGACGAAUAUGCCUACGAUUUAUUCAACAAUAUACUUUUCUUGCUUGGUAUCUUGAGAUAAUUCGUACGGAGUAAAGGGAUGGCAAUGGUGCUGGGGAAGCUAGUAAUGUUGCCCUUUUAA